AAGAGGCUCAGCGCGCGCGCGCGAUCAGCUCUCCAGCUAGCUAGAUCCCCACGCCACACACGUACACACGGCUCGUACCAGUUACCGAGCCAGGAUAUCCCAGAGCCCGCGUGACCAGCUCGCUUGUGCCGCCAAAGACGUGAGGUGCAAUUCAUCAGCAUGGGUAUUCAGGGCCUUAUGAAACUAAUUGGUGACUACUCCCCAUCUUCGGUGAAAGACAAUGGGAUCAAAACAUAUUUUGGACGAAAAGUUGCUGUUGAUGCGUCAAUGUGUCUUUACCAAUUCCUCAUAGCAGUAAGGACUAGUGAUGGGGUAUUGACAAGUAGUGAUGGUGAAGAAACUAGUCAUCUGGUGGGAAUGUUUUAUCGGACUAUUCGUAUGGUGGAAAAUGGAAUUAAACCAGUGUACGUCUUCGAUGGUAAACCACCAGAUAUGAAAUCAGGAGAGCUGGUGAAAAGGUCAGAAAAAAGAGCAGAAGCACAGAAGAAUUUGGCCGAGGCCCAAGAGAAGGGAGAUUUUGAAAAUGUUGAGAGGUUUCAAAAAAGAAUGGUUAAAGUAACUCCGAAACACAGUGAAGACUGUCAGAGACUACUAACAUUGAUGGGGAUUCCUUACAUUAAAGCUCCGUGUGAAGCUGAAGCACAGUGUGCUGAACUAGUGAAAGGUGGGAAAGUCUUUGCUACAGCAACUGAAGAUAUGGAUGCUCUUACAUUUGGGUCUUCCAUACUACUUCGCCAUUUGACAGCUAGUGAACAGAAGAAACUACCAAUACGAGAAAUAACUCUGGAUCAUCUCUUGACUGACAUUGGGCUGACUCAAAGUCAGUUUGUUGAUUUAUGCAUACUCUUGGGUUGUGACUAUUGUGAUUCUGUAAAAGGUGUUGGACCAGCCAAAGGCUUAAGCUUGAUUCGCCAGUAUGGAUCAAUUGAGAAGAUAAUGUCCAACAAUCCAAAGUUGAAUUUUCCUGAAAACUGGCCCUAUGAGGAGGCACGGCAGUUAUUUAUGAGUCCUGAGGUUGUUAAAGCAGACAGCGUAGAGUUGAAGUGGUCAAAACCAGAUGAAGCUGGCCUUGUUCAGUUUAUGGUUGAAGAUAAAGGUUUCAGGUGUGUAAUAAUAAAUUUUUCUCUUAAUGAAAUUAUUUGUGCAUAUAGUGAGGAUCGUAUCAGAAAUGGGGUCAGAAAACUUGAAAAAUGUAAAGAGGGUGCAACACAAGGGCGACUAGAUUCAUUUUUUACGAAACUUCCAUCACCAGCCACAGCAAGUAAACGAAAAGCAACAGGUGAACAUGGCCAUGGUCCAAUGAGAAAGAAAUCGAAACUAUCGACUCCUCUUCUUCACAAGAAAAAAUGACAUAUUACUUGUGUGUAGCAUUGCUCUGCAAUGUGGCAAGAUUUUGUUUUACUGUAUCGAGUAGGGUGGGCUUUCAACCUACUCAAAUAAUAGUAUAUACACGUUGUUUACAUGUGUAAAUAACCAAAACUAACCCCAGGCAUUAUAACAGACAGAGAAGCAUGCUGACUAGUAUCCAACCCAUCAUAAUAUAAGUUUGUACACAAUAUUUGUAUGCUGAGUUAACAACACAGUUGUACUAUUAUGAUAAGAGUUAAAAUUACAAUGUUUGUAAACCUCAGACAAUAAAGAAUGGACAUGUCCAACA